GGCGCGUCCCGGCGGCGGGGACAUGAGGUCGGAGAGGUCCCUGGCGCUGGCGGCGCCGGCGGAGGUCCGGGGGCCCGAGGGCGAGCAGCAGGACGCGGGGGACUUCCCGGAGGCGGCGGCGGGCGGGGGCUGCUGCAGUAGCGAGCGGCUGGUGAUCAACAUCUCGGGGCUGCGCUUCGAGACCCAGCUGCGCACCCUGUCGCUGUUCCCCGACACGCUGCUGGGGGACCCGGGCCGCAGGGUCCGCUUCUUCGACCCCCUGCGGAACGAGUACUUCUUCGACCGCAACCGGCCCAGCUUCGACGCCAUCCUCUACUACUACCAGUCCGGGGGCCGCCUGCGGAGGCCCGUCAACGUGCCCCUGGACAUCUUCCUGGAGGAGAUCCGCUUCUACCAGCUCGGGGACGAGGCCCUGGCGGCCUUCCGGGAGGACGAGGGCUGCCUGCCUGAAGGCGGCGAGGACGAGAAGCCGCUGCCCUCCCAGCCCUUCCAGCGCCAGGUGUGGCUGCUCUUCGAGUACCCCGAGAGCUCAGGCCCCGCCAGGGGCAUCGCCAUCGUCUCCGUGUUGGUCAUUCUCAUCUCCAUCGUCAUCUUUUGCCUGGAGACCUUGCCCCAGUUCCGCGCAGAUGGUCGAGGUGGGAGCAAUGGUGUGAGCAGGGACUCCCCAAUUUCUAGGGGUAGUCAGGAGGAAGACGAGGAUGAAGAUGAUUCCUAUACCUUUCAUCCUGGCAUCCCCCCGGGGGGCAUGGUGGCAGGGAGCUCAUCCUCACUAAGUACUCUUGGGGGCUCUUUCUUUACCGACCCCUUCUUUCUGGUGGAGACCCUGUGCAUAGUUUGGUUCACCUUCGAGCUCCUGGUUCGCUUCUCUGCCUGCCCCAGCAAGCCAGCCUUCUUCCGCAACAUCAUGAACAUCAUUGACUUGGUGGCCAUCUUCCCCUACUUCAUCACCCUGGGCACCGAGCUGGUGCAGCAGCAGGAGCAGCAGUCAGCCAGUGGAGGGGGUGGCCAGAAUGGGCAGCAGGCCAUGUCCCUGGCCAUCCUCAGAGUGAUCCGCCUGGUCCGGGUGUUCCGCAUCUUCAAGCUCUCCCGCCACUCCAAGGGGCUGCAGAUCCUGGGCAAGACCUUGCAGGCCUCCAUGAGGGAGCUGGGCCUGCUCAUCUUCUUCCUCUUCAUCGGAGUCAUCCUCUUCUCCAGUGCCGUCUACUUCGCAGAGGCUGAUGAUGACGAUUCACUCUUUCCCAGCAUCCCGGACGCCUUCUGGUGGGCAGUAGUUACAAUGACCACGGUAGGUUAUGGAGACAUGUACCCCAUGACAGUGGGGGGCAAGAUCGUGGGCUCGCUGUGUGCCAUCGCCGGGGUCCUCACCAUCGCCCUGCCUGUGCCCGUCAUUGUCUCCAACUUCAACUACUUCUACCACCGGGAGACAGAGCAGGAGGAGCAAGGCCAGUAUACCCAUGUCACUUGUGGGCAGCCUGCGCCAGACCUGAAGGCAGCUGACAGUGGACUUGGCAAGCCUGAAUUCUCCGAGACCACUCGGGAACGGAGACCCAGCUACCUUCCCCCUCCACAUCGGGCAUAUGCAGAGAAAAGGAUGCUCACUGAGGUUUGACCGAUGCAGGCAGGGGGUUGAAUGAGAAGGGUGACAUUGAGCAAACAGUCUCAGGCUUCCUUCUCAUUCUCCACUCCUCUCAUCUGAGCUCCAGCCAACUUCGUGACCCCCUCCCCUGCACCUGGUCCAGAUACCUGGACUGUCAACCUUGUUGCUUGAUCUGUGCAGCAGCAUUCAAGGUUUAUCCAUCUAAAUGACAUUUUUGAGAUUUUAACGGUGCCACCCAUUCAUGCCCAUCUUCCAUCACGUGGAUGAGAUUUUUGUCAGACCUUCCCUCUUGACUCUGAAGUUUUCAUGUCUAGGGCCAGAGAGAUCAACAGGAUGGAAACCAGGCAUACCUGAGUCCUAUUUCUCUCCUUUGUCCUUUGCUUUGGGGCAUGCACCUGGCCGCUUCGGGCUACGUGGUAACUAGCAGAAGCUGGAGGACAGAAACAGUAUUCACCUUUCUGUUUUCUUCCCCUGGCUUGUAACACCUGCUGGUCGUCCUGUAGAGGACCCCUGGUAAAGCCUUUAGCUGCACAGCCUUCAGAUAAGUUACUCAUCUCGAAUCGUGGAAGGCAUUAGAGAGACUACAACGAAACUUGGCCAUUUGGAGAAUAUUUAGAGUCAGUCCCUCACCAAAGGGGCCAAUGGAUUUCUCCAGACGUGUCCUGGCACAGUGGACAUCAGCCUUCGGUCUACAUUCAGUCAUUCCCUCCCGACUGUCUAGCUUCCAGGAAGGUUCCUCCUCCGAGCCAAAUACUCUUUUUGUGCAAGUGCCUUCCUGUGUGGAGCAGCUGGAAAGAGGGAACCACAGAGCCAGGAGCAGUGGCUGGAUAGAGCCAAGCAACUGGCUUGACUGCAUAUCUAAGGAGAGGUAUCACGUAAGCACACAUUGUCACCUGGGACGUGUGCAAAGAGGAACCUUGUUGCAGACGGGGAAUCUCUCUCCUAUACUUUGCCCCAGCCCUCUCGAGCCCCCUCCACCCUUCUCCCUGGGAAUUUGACUUAGGAUGGCAGUUGAAGGUUUUCCAAAGCAAAUUCCAGCUGAAGCCAGCAGACAGGUAAAAGCAUACAUUGGAUGCUAGCGUGGGUUCUUCCCAUUUUAGGAGCAAUGAAAUAGGUUUAGAGUGAGGAAGAAACAUCAUUCGUUUGUUGACAGCCUCACUGGUAGGGUUUGUUUUUUGUUUUUUUUUUUUUGUUUUUUUGUUUUUGUUUUUUUUUUUUUUUUUUUUUUUUGCUGAGUCAAGCAAACCUUCACCUGCUCUGCCCCUGGGAGCUGCAGCCGACCUACUCUCACUGGUAAGGUAAUGUGGCGGUAUCACCACAGGAUAGAUCAUCUUCUUCUGGCGUGAAACUGUUGCCUUCAUCCCACCUGCCCAUUCCCCCUCAUUUCUCUCCUGGUAACACUGUCAUUUGUUUGUUGCCUUGAAAAAACUGUGAUGUACUGUUCUGAGCUCUUCUGGGUGCAGUUCAGAAACCGAAAGGACUGUUAACAUGUUCUUAAUUUUAUAUCUAUGCUUUAAGACUCUUCGAUGAGAAUUUUUAAAAAAAUUUUUUCUCAAAGAGCAACUUAUGAGGGAUGGCCUUUUGAGGGUUUUCUUGAGAGACACUGUGGCUCCUGUGGGUGCCAGAUGUAAAUCUGGAUUUUUGCCACAGCCUGACAGGGUAACCUGGGUGCCACAGUUCCUCUCUAUGCCUCAGUUUCUCCAGCCAUUCGAUGGGAACAUUAACGUCCUCCCCUCCCAACCUCAUGGGGAAUGUCAAUGAACUCAUCUGGGAAGCUGGUGAUGAUGCUAUGCAAAUGUGUAAGGGACUUGAAUUUUUAGUUCAUUAGCCUAUUUUCCUAUCUCCCAGAGGCAAAACCUCCUUCCUCACAGAGUUCCUGCUUUGAAUCCAAAGCCCAAGAGUAGACUAUACUGGGUUAUUAGCUCCUUACAUCCCUGCUUAGCCUCUUGAGCCGGGCCUCAGUCUCUCUUCUUACCCUUCAACAAGGAGGAUGCUCUUUAGACAGGUUCAGUGGGAUCCUCUCAGGGCCAGAGGCUGCCGUGAUUGGGAGCUUGGCUUCUCCAAACCUGAAAUACAGAUAAGAGGAGUUCAUGAUUUGGAAAUCUGCUCCGAGGCCAUAAAGUUCUGGUUUUCCAAAAUUCCUUUAGUUACUUCUGGCUAUUUCGGAGAAGGGAGAAGGGCCCACUACAGAGGCAAUGGGGAUGCUUCCAGUGAGGGUAAAUGUUGGAACAUGUAUGCAUGUAUCUCUAUAUGUGUGUAUGUGAUCAUCGUCAUCACCAUCCCUAAUAAAACAUUUCCUUUUCAA